CUUUCUCUCGUCACCCACUAUUCCUCAUUAGACAGUUGCACGCGGCUAGUGAAUCGUAUCAGCUGUUUUCUUGUAUGUAUGUAUAUACGGGAUCGUACGUGAUAAUACAAUAAAGUCACCAUUUCUAGAAGAUGGAUCAUCUAUCUAUGAGGAAUGAAUCUGAUUCUGUUUACGUGAGUUUAAAUAUAAUCUUGUAUUAUAUUUUAGAAAUUAUAUUUAUUGUAAUAGCUGUUAUGAUAAAGUAUGAAGAUAAUAUCACUUCAACGAUAUGCAACAUAUCUUACAUUGUAUCAAUACUUAUCAUAAUGUAUAUAUUGUGUGAUUUGACAAUACAAUUGUGUAAUCUGUUAAAUACAAAUUUGAAAUUGAAUAGAACACAAUUGUUGGAAAUACCAUUUAAAUAUAAAAUUGCUAUUGGGAUAUGUAUCAUUUUUAUUACUUUACAAACAAUUAACAAAGGAUUUUUUUAUAUUUGGAGAUACAACAAUAUAACAUUUAUAUGUUUAUAUUGUUUUGUAAUUAUUCUGUUUAAAAUACCAGUCUUAUCACAACAAAAUUUAGAUACAAAUGUUAUUAAUAUGAAUGGACUGGAUUAUGGAACUGGAAUGGCUUAUAAUUAUUACUAUGGUUAUUUGAGAAUUAUUUUACCAUCCACUGGUACAGAGAAUAAAGGCAUACAUGAAAAAUUAGAAAAUUUUGAAGACAUUCAUAAUAUUAUUAUUUCAAUAAAAAAAUUGUUUAUUCUAAUACCAUUUUCAACGUAUAUACCUCCAGAUUUGAAACAACUUUCAUAUGAGUGGAUGGAAAAUGUACAAGAAUUAGAACAAGAAGUAAGAAACAGAGCUGGAAUCAAGAAUCGAUCUUAUCAUAAUAACAUAUAUAAAAUUUAUCCUGGUGGAAACACGAAUUCUAUUGAACCAGUAUAUCUUGCAGUUGAAGGUGCAACACCUUUACUAACGUUUUUUGAAGUGCAAAAACAUUUCCAUCCAGAAUCUAAAAUAUAUAAGAAGUACUCUAGACAGAUAAUAGAAGCAUUUUAUUUAAAAUUAAAAGAAUUGAUAUAUAAUGAUCUAGAUUGCAGAGACUUAUGUGAAUUGAUUUAUUAUGAAGAUUACAAUUCUGAUGGGACUAAAGUAAAUAUUGCAAAAGUUAUUCUUGAGAGGAUGUCAAUAUUAAAAGAUUCAGAGUACACAAAUCAUACUGAUUAAAACUAAUUAUACAUAAUAUUAUAUAAAAUUCUGUUAUCCACCAAAUAAAAAUAACAAAUAAAAAUGCAUUUAUUUUUAAAA